AUGUUUGCGUUUGUAUUUCUGCAUACUGUGUAUGUCACAAUGAUUGUGUUACACGAAUCAACAUCCUAUGAUAUUAGUCGAAGUGUUUGUUUAGAGACAGUUAUCAAAGUUAUGUUUGACCAAAACAAAUGUAAAUUUAGUCAAACAUAUGCAGAAGGUCUUUUAAAAGAUGGAAACUUUACAUGUCAAAGCAGAUGCAACGUCACUAUCAAAGAUGUUGCUUGGAUUAACAAUAAGCUUGUGGGCGUUAAUAUAACAGUUGGUCAUAAAAUCUACGAGUAUUUACCCUGUCAACCGCCACUCGAUUGGGAAUUUUGGGAAAAUGAGUUGCACAUGAAUGUCAUCUGCGAGUCAUGGACUGAAGGUAAGGUCCCAGUUGGUGGAUACUGCAAGCUGGAUGAACAAUGUCAUGGAAGUGAAAAUUCGGGGAUAUGCAAACUCGGGAAAUGUAUUUGUAAAGAUGGAUACAUUUUAUAUAAUCUGGAAUGUCUUGACGGAAACCUUGCUUUAAACCAGCCGUGUUCCUUAAGUGAGCAAUGUUCAGGAUCACCAUACGCCAGCUGUCUUGGAGGAAUGUGUUCUUGUAUCGUUGGGUACACUGCUGAAAACUCCAAUGAUUGUGUUCAAAGUCAGGAAAUUACCGUUUCAAGUUCUCUACAACAUCAUCAAGAAGAAGCAAAAAUAGGAACAACACUCGGGGCAUUAUUUGGCGGACUAUUUCUUGGCGUGCUCCUUACAACCGUCGCUGUGGUGAUUAUUUAUAAACGGGCAAAAACACAUGUCAACAAACGAGAAGAACCCAACGUUACAUUUGCUGAUAAUAAUAGAUACAGUUUAGCGAAAAUUGUGGACCACGGUACAUUCUACAACUUCAAUACAAAAGAUAAAAAGCGGGAAGUAUCCCCAUACGCUUGCUCGGACGAAACAUGGAUAUACGACAAUGUGAACAGUAAACAAAGAAAUGGACAGACACAAGAAGCCGUAUACAACCAUUUACAUGAGCAGAUUAAACAGGAUGACAGCGAUUACUAUGAUCACGCAUGCGCUGCAUCUGCUCAUAUUUGA